AGUCUUUCAUUUUGUUAUCUCGUUGCCCCGGUAUUUAGGGAAUUUUUGAUUCAACAAAAACGGGUGGUGUCACACUCUAAACGGACGCCCCAAGGUAUUAAAUCCAACGUAUCCUUUGGUUUGUCGCAGGUUUGGUGACGUCCAACAAUCGACUUGUGCUGAAGUCUCCCGGGCGGGCCUAAAAACACUUUUUAUGUCGUACUUGCUCCGACUUUUUUUUGUCGAUGCCGUGAUUUCGGCACGCGUAUAGGCCGGAUAUGAGCCGAUGAACGUCUUUCCCGGUGACUGGAGGGAAAACGGUCGUGAAGGUUUGCCACCUAGCUCUUGGAAAGCUACUGUUAGCUGCCAAGUGGGAAAGGAAGUGAGGAGCGGAAAAAAAUGACAUCUCGGAGGUGGUUCCACCCCAACAUCACGGGCGUGGAAGCGGAGAACCUGCUGCUGACUCGCGGUGUGGACGGCAGCUUUUUGGCAAGACCCAGCAAGAGUAACCCUGGAGAUUUCACCCUGUCAGUGCGGCGGAAUGGCGCCGUCACCCACAUCAAGAUCCAGAACACGGGCGACUACUACGACCUGUAUGGCGGCGAGAAGUUUGCCACGCUGGCCGAGCUGGUGCAGUACUACAUGGAGCACCACGGGCAGCUCAAGGAGAAGAACGGCGACGUCAUAGAGCUCAAGUAUCCGCUCAACUGCGCCGACCCGACGUCAGAAAGAUGGUUCCACGGGCACCUGUCGGGCCGCGAGGCGGAAAAGCUUCUGACGGAGAAAGGCAAGAACGGCAGCUUCCUGGUGCGGGAGAGCCAGAGUCACCCCGGAGACUUUGUGCUGUCUGUGCGCACGGGCGAUGACAAGACGGACAGCAGCGACAGCAAGCCCAAAGUCACGCACGUCAUGAUCCGAUGCCAGCACGACCUGAAGUACGACGUGGGCGGUGGCGAGAAGUUUGACUCCCUCACCGACCUGGUGGAGCACUACAAGAAGAACCCCAUGGUGGAGACUCUCGGCACAGUGUUGCAGCUCAAGCAGCCCCUCAACACCACUCGCAUCAACGCAGCUGAAAUCGAAAGUCGGGUACGGGAGCUGAGCAAGUUGGCGGAGGCCACGGACAAAGUCAAGCAAGGCUUUUGGGAGGAGUUUGAGACUUUACAGCAGCAGGAGUGCAAGCUGCUGUACAGCCGCAAGGAGGGCCAGAGGGCCGAGAACAAGAACAAGAACCGAUACAAGAACAUUCUGCCUUUCGACCACACGCGGGUGGUGCUGACCGACGGGGACCCCAACGAAGCGGGCUCCGACUACAUCAACGCCAACAUCAUCAUGGUAGUAUCCCCUAGCCUGCCCGAGCAGGACAACAAGUGCAACAGCGCCAGGCUGAGGAAGUCGUACAUCGCAACGCAGGGCUGCCUGCAGAACACCAUCAGCGACUUUUGGAGGAUGGUGUUCCAGGAGAAUUCACGAGUCAUCGUCAUGACCACCAAGGAGGUGGAAAGGGGGAAGAGUAAAUGUGUGAAGUACUGGCCCGACGUGUCGGCUCUGAAGGAAUACGGUGCCAUGCGCGUUCGCAACGUCCGAGAGACGGCGGCGCAUGACUACAUCCUCAGAGAACUCAAACUCUCCAAAGUGGGACAGGGCAACACAGAGCGCACUGUUUGGCAGUACCACUUCAGGGCCUGGCCCGACCACGGUGUCCCCACGGACCCUGGCGGUGUUCUGGACUUCUUGGAGGAGGUGAACCUGAAGCAGGAGAGCAUCCUGGACGCCGGACCCAUCGCCGUACACUGCAGUGCAGGGAUCGGACGGACGGGAACCUUCAUCGUCAUCGACAUCCUCAUCGAUGUCAUCAGAGAAAAAGGCGUGGACUGUGACAUCGACGUUCCCAAGAGCAUCCAGAUGGUCCGUUCCCAGCGCUCCGGAAUGGUUCAGACGGAAGCCCAGUAUCGCUUCAUCUACAUGGCCGUGCAACACUACAUCGAAACGCUGCAGAGGCGCAUCGUGGAGGAGCAGAAAAGUAAGAUCAAAGGUCGUGAGUACACCAACAUCAAAUAUUCUCUGUCGGACCUAACGGGUGGCGAGCAGAGUCCGCUUCCUCCCUGCACGCCGCUGCCCACGCCAACCUGCACAGAGAUGCGUGAGGACAACUCGCGAGUUUAUGAGAACGUCGGUCUGAUGCAGCAGCAGAAGAGCUUCAGAUGAGACCCGCCUUGAUUCCAUGACCCCUGAUGCCUGACCAUUUUCUUCGCCAGACUCACCGCGACGCCGACAACGGGACACCGCCACCACAGUACAACAAAAACUAAGAAAGAGAGAAAAUCGGGGAGAGAGCUUUUUGGCCCUCAGGUCCAACUCUCCAACCACUGUGAUGCUCACCCCGACCACCGAGCGGCGCCAAAUCCCCACCUACCAAACCCAGCCAGUUUGUAAUAUCAAAGCCAACCCCCAUUUUCAUCUCUCUCUUUUUUUUUUUUAAACUAAAGCAAGACUUCUCGAUUGUUUGUAGAGUUAGCAGAGAAAGUUGUGUGCCAAACGUCAGACAUUCCGGCGAUUGGCUGACAAUUGGACUCUAACUUCGCCACAACUGCCUUUAAGUCAAAACCCGUGUCCUCUCACAUUCAUGUGGCAUUUGCGAGCCUCGUCUGAUUGGUCGAAGUCAUCGUCCAGUCAGGAAUGUCGCUGAAACAUUCAUUUCUCAAGUGCAUAUUACACACCGGUCGCAACGUUUAGAGGCUGUUGAGCAUUGAAAAGAAAUUUCAGGAUGCCCCGUUGCGAAUUCUGCCAUUCCCCUUCUGAGUAGAGAACAGCAUGCGGUGCAAAAAGUACUGAAACAUUUGGAUAUGUGCAUUUAAAAAUUUACAGAAGGUCAAAUUAAGUUCCCCUGCACUUUAGGCUCAUCCUGAACUUUCAUUCCAAAGCGCAAUAUCCCAAACUUUUUGCGACUAGUGUAUGUUGUCGUUCUUGUUUCAAAUUAAUGUACCAUAUGACUAAAUGCCUUGCGCGUACCAUUGACUCCGCCGCCAGGAGGUUGCCAAAGGUAAUGAGAAGCCUGAUAUCGCUGCCCGUUAGCUUAGCGUAGCAUAGUUCACCUUGCUUCACUUGAGCAGCUCAAGAGUGCCCUAAUUCCUCCAGCCACAUGCUAACACUAACCCCACCAAGAAAAAUGUGCAACAUUGUAACACUAUUGUUCACACUUGAAACACUAAAACAAAGAGAAGCACACAAAAAGAAGAUAUUUGGUCCCAUGGCUCACUGUUGCCUCCUUGAGGAACUUGGUGGUGUUGCAAGGUAUUUUCAGGCAAAAACAAAAAAAUGGAGUACUGCGUUACCUUGAAUUCAUUCCGUGACUUAAUUUACUGGUAGCUCCAGAAUGCCCACUCGGAAGUUUUGCCUCUCUUGUAACAUGUAGUUGUCCUACUAGUGUGCAGAAAUGCCAAUGCAGUAGUGGUAAACUUGUUACUAUUAAGACACGUCGUUUUACUUGGUCGAUUAGCGUGCUAAUUUUUUUCAUUGCACUAACCGCUUUCCAUCAAGUUGCUUGAGGAUUUAUUUAAUAUCCAGCUUGAGAUCUAUGUACUGGUACACUCUUUGUCCGCACUAGUAGAACAGUUUUUGUAUACUAGUAAGGCGUAACUGGAUUAGUUGACAUAAAAUUCACUGAGUUUACGUCAUCCCGUAAAAAGUUUAUACUUACCUGUUGCAAUAAUUGCUUGUAGCAAAGCACUAUUUUUUGUCUAAAUGAAGCUGCUAAACUGAUCCCCAAAGUCCACCGGGUGGUGGCGGCAAAGCACUAUUUUUGUCUUAAUGGAGCUCCUCAACUCACUUCCAAAUAGUUAUUUGGCACCGAUAUGUCACAAGAUGGUGCUGGCAGCAAUACUUUUGUCGAACUCAAGCUUACUAACGUAGUUCCUCGCCGGAAGAUGGUGGCAAAGCACUACUUUUGUUCAAAUGAGGCCCUUCAACUCACCAUAACUUAAUCCCUUGGCACCAAGAUGGCAACAAAUCACUUUCAUUGUCUUAAUGAAGUAUUCUUCCUUGACACCAAUGGUGCCAAAGCAAUACUUUUUCCACAAACUAAGCAGGCAAAAGGUUUCUUGCCAGUGUGUGCUCUUAAAUGUCCAUUUGUAGAUAAUAUUUUCCCACAAACUGAAUAGGCAAAAGGUUCAAUAAAAAUACUUGUUCUAGUGCGCUAAAUUGUCUCACUAGUCUGUCCAAAGUAGCCGACGUGGGUCUCAAGCGGGAUAUCAAGGAAAUCCUUUUCAUAAGGGGGGCAGGUUUGGUCACGUUAUGCUAGGUUGCCGAGCCUUAUCGGUCUUCUCGUCCGUGUCGUCAUCCGCUCAUUUCAAAUGAGGCCUGGAGAUUUCCUCACACUGCCUUGGCGCCGCGCAGCCGAGAACAGGGAGCGGCGGCGCUUCUCCUCGAACAGCCGUUCCAGUCUCCGUCCGCAUUCACCGUCGUACCACACGUCAACUCAUGGACGUGCCUUCCGCGCCGUCACGUGACAGCGACCGCAAUGCUCUUUUAACAAUCGUAUGUGAAUCUUUGAUGGCGGUGGGGGGACUCAACAAAAGUCUAUUUUUGAAGGUGUAUAUUGUACAUGAACAGAAUGUACUUACAAAAAAA